AUGGGUUCUUGCUGCAGCAAAAGUGCGGCCAACGACGAGGUUAAAUGCCCCAGUGUCCUCCGCCAAGAAACCUCCAAGGAGGUUAGUGAUCAGGCGCUUCCCGAAGGUGUCAUCCUGACCGGAGGAGAAAAGCUCCACAAAGAGGGUCUUACGGGAAAAGGUGUCAGAGUUGCGGUUAUUGACUCUGGCAUUGACCAAGAGCACCCUGGAUUCCGUGGCCAAGUGAAACAUAAGGUUUGGCUUCGCUCUGGUACUCCUCUGGAAGAGGACGAUCAUGGAACACAUGUUGCCGGCACAAUUCACCUGAUGGCACCAGAUGCAGAACUAUAUGAUUACAGGGUAUUUGGGAGGACUGGAAUGGGCAUCAGUGCAGCCAUUGCCAAGGCAAUUAGAGAGGCCACAGAUUCUGGCUGUCAAGUCAUCAACAUGAGCCUUGGUGGACCCUUUCCAACUCCGAGUAUUAAAAGUGCGGUCGAGUACGCUGCUUCAAAAGGAGUUGUGAUGGUGUGUGCUGCCGGAAAUGAGGGAGACAACAACCCCUUGACCAAUGAAAUAAGCUACCCUGCGGCGUAUGGAGAAUGCAUCAGUGUGGCGGCUGUAUCCAAGAAAGAUGGUUUCCCAGUGGCUGUGUUCUCCAACAGCAAUGCUCAGGUGGACUACGCUGGGAUUGGUGUCGAUGUGGUUUCAUUCAAACCAGGUGGUGGCUAUCAGCAAAUGUCUGGAACCAGCAUGGCCAGCCCACAUGUGGCUGGUUUGGUGGCUUGUUUGAUGACCAAUGGAAAAACCAACAGCAACAAUAUCCGUGAGACAUUGAACGAUAUUUCCAUUGACAUUGGCACAGAAGGAAUGGACAACGAAACUGGAGUUGGAUUUGCCACAUAUCUUGACGAAGGAGCCUUUGACGAGCUGCUUCCGAGAGGUGCUUCCAAGCCAGUCAAACAGCUGUACUCUGCGGUUGUCGGCUAG